AUGUGCUUCUUAAGGCCACCUGGAGCAUCAUCACUAGUGGUGAGCAGGAUCUGCUGGAGGAUGCUGCGGCAGGUGAUCCACAGAGGGCUCAAGACAUUCUUCUACAAGCUGGGCUUAUUUGUCAGCAGGCACCCGGUGUUUUUCCUCACUCUCCCUGCAGUCCUCACCAUCAUCUUUAGCUUCAUCUUCCUCAGUCGCUAUAAGACAGACAGUGACCUGGAAGCCCUGGUAGCCCCAAGCCACAGCCUGGCCAAGAUAGAGAGGAGCUUGGCCAGCAGACUCUUCCCCCUGGAGCAGUCCAAGAAGCAGCUGUAUUCAGACCUGCACACCCCAGGGAGGUAUGGAAGGGUGAUCUUGCUUUCCAAGCCUGGGGGGAAUAUCCUGCUGCAGGCAGAGAACAUCCUCCACAUCCACAGGGCUGUGCUGGACAUGAAGGUGAACUACAGGGGCUACAACUACACCUUCUCCCAUCUGUGUGUGCUGGGCAAUGAGGACAAGGGAUGCCUGCUGGAUGAUAUCAUAGCAGUGCUGGAGGAGAUCAGGGCAGCCACUCUCUCCAAUAUCACAGCCAGCAAGGUGGCAGUCACCUACCCCAACACUAAACUCAAGAAUGGAAGACAGAGUUUCAUUGGACACCAGUUGGGGGGUGUUGCUGAAGUCCCGAACAGCAAAGAUCAAAGAGUCAAGUCUGCGCGAGCCAUUCAAAUGACCUACUACCUCCAGAAUUACGGCUAUGCUACCCAAGACUACAUUAACGAGCAAUGGGAAACUGAAUUGUGCACACUAAUUCACCAGCUGCAGAAGGAACAUCCUGAGAUCCAGAUGUUUUUACUGACGUCGGUCAGCUUGCUCAAAGACUUUCAGAAAACCAUAGAGUUGUCUAGAAGUAAGAUUGUGGUGAGUCUUAUGUUGGUCCUCCUGGCUGCCACUCUCUCCAGCUCUAUGAAGGACUGUCUACGCAGCAAGCCUUUCUUGGGUCUACUGGGAGUACUCACUAUUUGUAUCUCCAAUGUCACAGCGGCAGGGAUAUUUUUCGUAACAGAUGGAAGAUAUAACUCAACUCUACUGGGAAUACCGUUCUUUGCCAUGGGUCAUGGAACUAAAGGAGUUUUUGAACUUCUUUCUGGAUGGAGAAGAACCAGAGAAACUUUACCUUUUAAGGACAGAGUGGCCGAUGCUUACUCUGAUGUAAUGGUCUCUUACACAAUGACAAGCUCCCUCUACAUCAUCACGUUUGGAAUGGGAGCAAGUCCAUUUACAAAUAUCGAAGCGGUUAAAAUAUUUUGCCAAAACAUGUGCAUCACCAUCGUCCUAAACUAUUUCUACGUCUUUUCCUUCUAUGGUUCAUGUCUAGUCUUUGCCGGCCAACUGGAGCAGAAUCGUUACCACAGUAUUUUUUGUUGUAAAAUUCCUUCUGAGGAGUAUUUGGAUAGACAACCAAUAUGGUUUCAGACCAUGAUGAGUGAUGGGCAUCAGCAUUCCUCCUCCCACCAUGAACCAGACCCUUAUGAGAACCAUUUCAUUCACCAUUUCCUUCGAGAACAUUAUAAUGACUGGAUCACAAAUACAUAUGUAAAGCCCUUUGUGGUCAUACUAUACCUCAUCUAUGCAUCAUUCUCAUUUAUGGGAUGCCUUCAAAUUACCGGUGGGUCGAAUAUUAUAAAUCUUUUAGCAAGUGACUCUCCAAGUGUUUCUUAUGCAUUUAUACAGCAAAAGUAUUUUAGCAACUAUAGUCCCGUGAUUGGAUUCUACAUUUACGAUCCUCUCGAAUAUUGGAAUUCAACAGUUCAGGAAGACUUGAAGACUUUAAGUUAUGGAUUCAAUACAGAGUCAUGGAUAGAACAAUUUUACCAGUUUUUAAAAGUUGCCAAUAUUUCUGCAUCGAAUAAAACUGAAUUUAUGAAUGCGCUCCAGAAUGGUUUUCUGAGGAAAGCGGAAUUUCAACACUUCAGGAAUGACAUCAUAAUAUCCAGGUCAGAAGAAGAGUUUAACAUUAUCGCUUCUCGGAUGUAUCUGGUGGCCAGGACGAGUGAAAAUACUCAACGAGAGGUGGUUGAGCUGCUCGAAAAGUUGAGACCGCUCUCCUUGAUACAAAGCAUCAGGUUUAUUGUCUUCAACCCCACCUUUGUUUUUAUGGACCACUAUUUCUUGACUGUUACUAUGCCCAUUCUGAUCUCUGGUUUUAGUAUCUUGCUGGUGUUGAUUUUGACCUUCUUCUUGGUUAUUCACCCUUUGGGCAACUUUUGGCUGAUAAUUACUGUCACUUCUAUUGAAUUGGGUGUGUUGGGCCUAAUGACGUUAUGGAAAGUUGACAUGGAUUGUGUAUCUAUCCUGUGCCUUAUGUACUCUUUGAAUUUUGCCAUAGAUCACUGUUCCCCUCUGCUAUAUACAUUCGUCUUAGCCACUGAGCACACAAGAACUCUAUGCAUACAAGAAUCCCUCCAGGAGCAUGGCACAGCUAUAAUCCAGAAUGUUGUAUCGUUUCUCAUCGGGCUGGUACCCCUUCUGUUUGUGCCUUCGAACUUGACCUCCACACUGUUCAAAUGCUUGCUGCUGACUGGUAGUUGCACGCUACUGCACUGUUUUGUCAUUUUGCCUGUUUUCUUAACCUUUUUCCCUCCUUCUAAAAAGCGUCACAAGAAAAAGAAAAGAGCCAAAAGGAAGGAGAGAGAGGAGAUUGAAUGCAUUGAAAUUCAGGAAAAUUCAGAUCAUGUGACUUCUGUUUGA